AUGGCGGUUUGCUCCUCCCUCGCAGUCGUCUGCCCCUGCACUGUGCCCAAACUCAGCUCCAAGCUACCGAAAACUAGGGUUAAGGUUUCCUCAGGUGAUCAGAGUUUCACAACCUCCAAAUUGUACGGAAAAUUGGGGAAGAAAAGGCUCACUAGGUUGAAUGCAGCUGGGUUCGCGGAGAUUGAGCCUGAUCUCAACGAAGACCCCCAUGAUCGUUGGGAGACUAACAGUAUCAGCAUGGAAGAUUUUAAGUACGGUGAGUAUGAUGGGCACCACACUUACCACGAAGGCGAGGACAAAGGAACUUUUUGGGGAUCCAUAGCAGAAGACAUUGAAGCAGUAGAAACCCCUACGGGUUUUCAGGGUCUUAUAUCAUGGCUUUUUCUCCCUGCAAUUGCUACUGGGAUGUUUCUCCACGUUCCGGGGGAGUACUUGUACAUCGGAGCCGGUCUGUUUACGAUUGUAUUUUGCGUCAUUGAGAUGGAUAAGCCAGAUAAACCCCACAACUUUGAGCCUCAGAUAUACAACAUGGAGAGGGGAGCUCGUGACAAGUUGAUUGCUGACUACAAUACCAUGAACAUUUGGGAUUUCAAUGAGAAAUAUGGAGAUCUAUGGGAUUUCACUGUGACUGUGAAGAAGGAAGAUAUAAUGAAGAGAUAA